GUUUUUCCUAUCCUCUCUCUCUAUCUACUACUACUUUAUCCGCGGCUUGUUCGCUGCUUCGACUUUUCCCUCCAGUCGCCAGUUUUGCGCUCUCCCCCAUACAUGGGCACUGACUGCGUUGCUAUUUUAGAUGCUGGUGCCCAAUAUGGGAAAGUCAUAGACAGGCGCGUCAGAGAACUAUGUGUUCAUUCUGAGAUAGUCCCAAUUACUGUAUCCCUAUGCCAUAUAAUAGAAAAAGGAUACAAAGCUAUAAUCAUAUCCGGUGGUCCUGACUCUGUUUCUACAGCGGCAGCCGCUUCUUGCGAUCCCGCGCUUCUCGAAUCAGGUCUCCCUAUACUCGGUAUCUGUUACGGUAUGCAGUUGUUAAACUCUCUGUGUGGAGGUAAAGUGGAGCAUGGACAGCAGAGGAGAGAUGGCCAAUUCGACGUCGAAUUGGAUAUUUCCUCUCCUCUAUUUAAAGGACUUUCGACACAAGAAAAAGUUCUUUUGACUCACAAGGACCGCUGCACUAGCAUCGGAAAUGGAUUUAAAAUAAUUGGCAAGCAUGGAUCAACUAUUACUGGUACUUCUUCGUUUAGCGAUACGAUUUCUAAUGAUACUAAGCGCUUAUACGGAGUUCAAUUUCAUCCCGAGGUGGAUUUAACUCCCUCUGGCAAACGCAUCCUCAAUAAUUUUCUCAUCAACAUAGGCGGAUUGACCGCAAGCUUUGUCAUUCCUGAUAGAGUAGAACGUUGUGUUUCACAAAUCAAGGAACAAGUUGGAACAAAUAAAUUGCUAGUUCUUCUCAGUGGCGGAGUUGAUUCUACCGUUUGUGCCGCCUUAUUGGCGAAAGCUGUCAAACACGAGCAGAUAAUUGCGAUACAUAUUGAUAAUGGAUUCAUGAGGAAAAACGAGUCAAGCAUGGUAGUUGAUGCCUUAUCUCAAUUGGGAAUCAAAGUCAGGCUUAUCCGUGCUGGAUUUCGUUUUCAAUCUGGCAUGACUACUCAUCAGGUUCGCAUAGAGACUGGUUCAUUGGCUCCUGCAACUCUGGCUUCCUCUCCAAAGCAGUCGCAAAAUCCUUGUCUUGUAAAAUCUCAAGAAGACUUGUCUAUUAAAGGGGCGAAGUCACCUGGCUCACCAUCUAGUGGCGAGCCUAACGCCGAUAUUUCUAUCGGAGAACCAGCCUUCUCCCUCCAAAAAACUGGCAGUGGCGAGGCGAACUCUACCGGUAGUCCUUCCUUAUUAGCCCCAACGACGGAUCACAAAAGUGUCCUACAGAAUGAUUCCGUUAUUGCUACCAGGAAGACUUCCAUUACCCAUUGUACGGGUGGCAGCGGCAUCACUAACGUCUUGGAAGUCCGAAAUAUUCCGUUGGGUCCGCUUAAUUCACUUACUACUGAUCCUGAGCAGAAGCGGUUAAUAAUCGGAGAUAUGUUUGUUCGAAUUGCUCAAGAAGCUUGGGCUGAGAUGAAUCUUAAAGUUGACGAGAUGAUUCUUUGUCAGGGUAAUUCUUUUUUAGACAAAAUCUGCCCUCUGGCUUCAUAG